AUGCCGGGUGUCAGUUGGUGGGACAAGCCAGGCCCCUCGCUGCCCUCACAGCGUCCUCUUCGCCAGAGUGCGUCUUUGGGGCGUCCUGAACUGCAGGCGCGGCUUGGCCGUCACCCCCUGCAGCUGCGAGCCGGCAUCCCGUGUGCUGCCAAUGGCUACGGGGGACCCCCAACCCCUCCUCUUUUCCACAUCCAUCCAAAUAGUGUCGCCUGCCAGGGUUUCCACCAACUCAACACGUUUGAAGGCACUUUGCAACGACCCAGCAGUUCCCGUGCAACGCCUUCAGUCCUGUUUACUCGGCCCAUCAUCUUCCUCUCAGGCUGCUACACAGCGGUGGCCGUGGCCUACAUCGCAGGCUUCCUCCUGGAGGAGAGGGUGGUCUGCAACGAGCGCUUCGCCGAGGACGGCUCCCGCACCGUAGCGCAGGGCACAAAGCGGGAGGGCUGCACCAUCCUCUUCAUGAUGCUCUACUUCUUCGGCAUGGCCAGCUCCAUCUGGUGGGUCAUCCUCUCCCUCACCUGGUUCCUGGCUGCCGGCAUGAAGUGGGGCCAUGAGGCCAUCGAGGCCAACUCCCAGUACUUCCACCUCGCCGCCUGGGCUGUGCCGGCCAUCAAGACCAUCACCAUCCUGGCCCUGGGGCAGGUGGACGGGGACGUCCUUAGCGGUGUCUGCUUUGUGGGCAUCAAUAAUGUGGACGCCCUGCGGGGCUUCGUGCUGGCCCCCUUGUUUGUCUACCUGUUCAUCGGCACCUCCUUCCUGCUGGCUGGCUUCGUGUCCCUCUUCAGGAUCCGGACCAUCAUGAAGCACGACGGAACCAAGACGGAAAAGCUGGAGAAGCUCAUGGUGAGGAUAGGCAUCUUCAGCGUCCUCUACACAGUGCCGGCCACCAUCGUCAUUGCCUGCUAUUUUUACGAGCAAGCUUUUAGGGAACAGUGGGAGAGGAGCUGGGUCACACAGAGCUGUAAGAGCUAUGCCAUCCCCUGCCCCAACAACCACAGCAGCCACCACCCACCCAUGAGCCCCGAUUUCACCGUCUUCAUGAUCAAGUAUCUCAUGACCUUAAUCGUGGGCAUCACCUCGGGCUUCUGGAUCUGGUCUGGGAAAACCCUGAACUCCUGGAGGAAGUUUUACACCAGGCUCACCAACAGCAAGCAGGGCGAGACCACCGUCUAAGACCCCUGCCCGCCGGGCCAGGGGGACGGCGGGCGGCCAGAGGACCGGGGCUCUGCCUUGGGAAGCAGCUCCUUAUCCAGCCUGGGCAAACUUUGGGGACCGUGAGUCGCUUCCGCAGGCGGCGGGGAGCGGAGGACGAGCCAGGUGGGGACCCCUGUGCCGGGGAUCACCCAGCUCUGCCCUCCCUGCUCCUCUCGAGCUGUCUCCUGUAGGAACUGAACGCACUGUCAGGUUGGGGGAGAGGGAUGUAAA